CCAUAAUAAAGCAUUGAUUACUUUGAUGAAUGCCCAACCAACAAGACCAUGUUAGUCAACAUACCACUAUCUCCAAUAAAGCAAAUUAAAGAAAAAAAAAAGAGAAGAACAAAGAAAAAGCAAACAAAAGGAUAACACAACCCAAAAUGGCAAAAAAAAAAAAAAAAAAAAGCUAAGCAUUCUCCUUUUUUAUGCUUUAUCAACUGCUUUCCUUCUAAGCUGCUUUGAUCUGCUCCCCUAUUUUGUAUCUAAUAUAACCACAGUACGCUCAGGUAAAUUCUUCUCAUUCCUCUGUUUUUCCUCUGUUUUCCCCUGUUUUGGGGCCAUAUUAUUUUUCUUUUUUCUGCAUCCCUAUGUAUAGCAAGAGUCUUUCCAACGACGACAAAUUGGUGCCAGUAAGUAAUCCAAGAACUUGGGUACCCUAUAUGAGCACUAGGGAUUGUUCUCAAGGAUUUUGCAGUUUAUACUGCCCACAAUGGUGUUACAUAAUUUUCCCUCCACCACCUCAACUUGACUUCCCUGAUGAUGAUGAUUCUGGUCCAAAUUUAUCUCCCUUAGUUAUCGCGAUCAUCGGAAUUCUUGCAAGUGCUUUCCUAUUAGCUAGCUACUAUGCUAUAAUAUCAAAGUAUUGUGGGAAUUCAAGAAGAAGGGAAAAUCAUCAAGAAGAAUCAGAACUAGAAGAGGAUCAUGAUCCUUCAAAUCAUGAGGCAUGGAAUGUCAGUGUAGGUGGUUUAGAUGAAGCUCUAAUCAAGUCUAUUACAGUGUUCAAGUACAAGAAAGGUGAUGGAUUAUUGAAAGAAGGGACAGAUUGUUCUGUUUGUUUAAGUGAAUUUCAAGAAGAUGAAAGCCUUAGACUUUUGCCAAAAUGUAGCCAUGCUUUUCAUGUAAUGUGCAUUGAUACAUGGCUUAAAUCUCACUCCAAUUGCCCGUUAUGUCGCGCUCAUAUAACUUUUCCAAAUGCUUUGCCUCCUCCGUUACCUCCUCCGGUAAUGGAAGCUCCUCAAGAAAUUGAAACCACUCCACAAAUCCAACCGGAACACGAUAUUGAAAUGGGCAUCAGAGAAGAACAAACACAAGAAGGAGAAGAUGUAACGAACCGUAUCAAUCAAGAAUUAUUUAGGAGGAGAUCAGUAUCACUGGAUUGUGCAUCACAAGGUCGUUUAUCUAUAGCCGAUAUACUAAGAAUUGAUCACGAUGAAUUUCAAGAUUGUGUAACGGGAGACGAAUGCGAGUUGCAAAGAGAUGUUGGCACAUCAAAACAAGAAAACAAUGGUGAAGAAAUGAGUAGAAGUGUGAUUAGGAACAAUGUACUAGUACAAUAUUGUGUAGCAAGUCCUAUGGUGAUGAAGAGAUCAUUAUCAAGUGGGAGAUUCUUGUUUUCCAAACGUGGGAGAGGUCAAAACAUGGUUAAUCAUUUGUCAAAUGUUUGAAUAUUUUUAUGCCAAUUUUUAGGAGGAUUUGUGUAUGCUAUUGAACAAAGAGUUGAUAAAACAUGAGUUUGAAAGGUUUUUAAUUUCUUCUUAGAA